AUGCGAGAACCACUAUUACCAUCACUUGCUACAGUAUCGGGAACCUCGGAGGCACCUAAACAAAGUGCAUCUACCAUCCACACUCCAGAUUCUCUCAAUUUCGGAUUCAAAAAGUCAACAUCAUCAAAAGCCUUGCUUCAUGAUGCAACCACACCCGGUAGUGAAGAACCACCACGGAGCUCCGUCACUUCCUUAUCGGAUCGAUUCUUCCUACCAUCUUUGCAUGAACGCACUCAGUCUCGUCGGUCGUCAAUGACAAACUGGGUUUCGCAAAUCGAUGCGAUAUAUAGCAAGAAUGCGAAAUCGUCUGAUGAUCUAUCCGCCAUGACUCGAAUGAAUAAUAAUGGUGGUGCAAUGUCAACUGACGACUUGACAAAAAUGUCUAUGAAUGGAAGAGGAUCAGGAUCAAGGAAAUCGUCCGCAGACGAGGAUGGUGAUUCUGAAACGACAAGGACGCCAGUUAGUGGUGAAGCUACCGACAUACCGGAGCCUGUAAUGCCAGAAAUGAAUCGAUCAGAUUCCGAAAUACCCAAACCUACUGCUGUUGUUGAGACAGCUUCGAUUCCAUCCGCCUCGAAUGUUAUGGCUCCUCUACAAGCUAUCCCUUCCGCUACUGCGACUCUCCUUGCGCACAAGCAGCUCCAAGCUCUUCGAAUGGGCAGUCAAUCGUCAAUCCCAGAAAUGGAUGGUGAAACUGCCGAAGACGACGAUGAAAUGUUUAUCAAGCGGUCCACAUCACGGUCUUCCAUGAAACUGGAUCGUAUUCUAGGACCGCGGCAAGACUCCAAUGCCAGUCUCGACAAGGCUAUCGACUCGAUUAUACAAGCACGGCCACGCCAUGCACCUGAUUCACCCAAACCUGAAAAACGGCCGUUAUCAUCUCUGAUUACAUUCGAAAGACCAAUUUCAACCCGAGCUUUGAACCGACCGCUAUCAGCUACCGCUCUCAACACGGACUCAGAUGGAUCUGUGACACCCAGUGGCCGAUCAAUAGACUCGAAACCUAGUCUAUUAGGAAUGGAGAAAUCACCACUCACUGAUCGCAAACAACAGAAAUCAUCUCUACCCAAUUCACCAAGCUUGGAACACAAGUCGCCUCAUUCACCAGCUGGAUUGAGCAAAGCUCUGCAACAGAUCUCGCACGUAUUCAGUUCCUCGUUUCGUAAACAACGCAGUCAGCAAGAUAUUGAAAUCGUUACGCCGGAAGAUACGUCUUCAAACCAUUCAAUCCAUUCAGUACAUUCACGUGGUGAGACACAUGUACCUUCUGACGUAGGAUCUCCUGAAAUGCCGAAAUUGCUGAGGAGGUCUAAAAGUCGGAUUUCAAAUGGUGGAUCACCUGGUAUGGGAUCGUUACAGUCGCUGCAUUCUAGUCAUGAGGAUGUGUCGAGAGGACCCUCAAAGAACAACUCGAAUGUUGAUUUGUAUCAUGGCGAAAAUGGAGGUGUAGUUGCUAGUCGAGCUAUUCCUGAAGAAGCUCAAGCAGCAGGAGAUACAAAAGUUGAAAAGAAGAAAGGGUUUGGGUUGCCUUCAUUGCCAUCUAUCCAUCUGGGACUAUCGAAACUCAAGAGUAGCAAUAGUCUCAAACACUUGUCUGAACUAGUUGCAGAUCCAGUCCUACCAAGUCAAGACAAACCAAUAGUAGAUCUACCACCACCUCCUCCUAAAGCUAAUGGCGCUUGUGCUAUCUUGGCCUCUGCUGUUAUAUCCCACCUCCUCGAAAACACUCCCGAUGAAAAACUCACCAAGCGACAGCAUGUAAUAGCAUCACUCCCUCAACGUUCCAAUAUCUUGCUGAUUGAUAUGAGACCGACACAUGAAUUCGUACAAGAGCAUAUUGUUGGAUCGGUGAAUGUCAAUCUACCACCAAUAGUCAUCAAGAGAUUUAGGAAAGGUGUCAUAUCUGCCUUUUCAAUUGAUCCAUUCUUAUUGGCAGACACCAAAACCGAGUUUGAAACAUGGAGACGGAAGUGUUCUGCUGAACCAAGCACGCCUCGAUAUGUGGUUGUAUAUGACGACGAUAUGACAGAACAGGAUGCUGAAAGCGAGGCUUGGUGUAUGGUAUCGGUCUUGCUGCUUGGUCUUGCAGACCACCUAUACGAUGUCUCGUCAGGCCGCAAAUUCUCAACGACAGAUGGUCUACCAGGUGUCCAAGAAUCACGUCGAGCUACAGUCGGAUACGUGAGGGGUGGAUUCAAAGAAUUGCAAUCUAUACCAUCUUCGCAACCCCUCAUUCGAGCCAGCAUAGCACUCCCACAAGUCAACUCGAUACCACCAAUGUCAUCAUUACAGUUUGGAUCCUCCAUAACGGACUCUGAUUCCCUAUCUGGCGGCAUACUGUCAUCCACACCAUCAUCACUCCCACUAAACAGUUUCCUGGGAGAAAACGGACCGAUGAAACGUGGUGGUCGGAAAGCUAGUGCUUUCUCUAUCAAUACCGCUACAACUGCUCAGCCACGACGGCUGACUAUGGCAAAUAAUCAACGUCCUUGUCUAUUGCGGGAUGCUGGAUCUCCACAAGUACGAGAAUUACGAGCUGGAUCUUUUGCUCCUACAGUCCUAUCCGAUAUCACUGGUAGCACACCAUCACAUUCAACUGUCAGUGAACCACGCAUGGUGUCGCUUGUCGGUGACGGAGACCUCAAUCAGCAAAACGAUGCAUCAUCACCGCUUUCGGCAUCUGACAUGCCAACACCCACAGAACCAUAUUCGCAAAUACUGGACUGGUUGUAUCUUGGAUCGGAUACUGUGCCUACGUCGCUUGAUGCUGUUGACUCGUUACGGAAAUUGGGUGUUACACAUGUGCUGAAUAUGGCCAAGGAGAUUCGAGAUGAUGCUGUUGAACAUGAUGGUCGUUUUGUGUUUAAGUGGAUCAAGACGGAGGAUUCUUCUGAUCACGCUAUGGAAGAGCCGUUGGUUGAAGCAGUUGAUUUCAUACAAAACGCUCACAAAACACCAGGAUCAAUAGUAUUCGUACAUUGCAAGGCUGGCAAAUCACGAUCAGCCACAGCCGUCCUAGCCUGGCUCAUCACCCACAACAACAUGACGCUAAAGGAAGCAUACCAACACGUACGCCUCAAGAGACCAGAAGCAAGUCCCAAUCUCGGCUUCUUUGCCGUUCUCAUGAGAAUGGAACAGGAUAUUCGCGGAACCGUUACCAUCGAGCAACCUAAUCAGUAA